AUAGGACGAUGAAAACCAAGGAAAACUUCUCCAGAGCCAGAAAGCUCGUGCUAAUUGCUUAUGAAUAUCCAUAAAAAAUGAUCUAGUUGAUGUUGUCAUGUUUUUUUGUUUGCUUGUUUUGGUUUUUUUUUUGGCUAGCGUCUCUUUACAUCGUUUUCCAAUAUUCAAGAACCGGGUGUGGAGCGCUCGGAGUACCCCAGAGAGCCCGUGCCGUCCUGGCGGCCGUCAGGCUCAGCGCUGUGUGGGGAGCGGCGCUAACAUCAACCCAGCGGACGCAGGAACUUCAACCCGCAGCUCCGACUGCGCUCACCGCGCGUGCGCCCGAGCUCGGCACCAGCCUGGCCCCUCUCCCGGAGCGUUCCACCCGCUGGAGGGGGGAGAAGCUGCGCGGGCUGCCGUGCUGUCUGCAGCCUGUCGCACUGCGAUGGCGGUGCUGCUGCCUCAGCUCCUCCCCGCCGAGCUGUAGCGAUGGUCUGUGCCGCGCACGGGCGGCCGGCUGCCGCCGUUCCCCUAUAGGUGAGCGCGUUCAUCGCCCCUCCCGCCGUGGCCUCGUCAGUGCUGCCAGCGUGGAGCCGGUCCGAGCUGAGGCGGAAGUUUGCGGUGGGGAGGCGGAGGACGGCGGAGGCCCCACCGGCAAUGGACGCGACUCUGGAGAAGCUGAGAUGUUACUGUAUCCCUUCUCCUUUACAUCAUUUACUGUACUCGGUGUGCUCAGUUCUGUGUAAUCUUUGGAAUCAGCCAGACAAGCGUGAACACGACGUGCUGUGUGAGUAAAAAGGGAAUUCAGAAAGCCUCAUGUAGUUACUGAGUUGUAGCAAAAUGUUUCGCUAUUUUAAAUGCAAAUGAAAAAAUGUAUUGCUUGAGACCUGGCUUUGGCAGGCUUUAAAAACUUCAGAUCUUUACUGGCCCUAGCAAAAAUGACACUGACUGCUGCUUAUUCAAGAAAGCUUAAUGAAGUAACUUCUAACUGAGCAUAGCAGUUUUGAGUAUGGUCUUUCUUCUUCUUAAGUCCAGUUGACUUUAAAGAAAGUGUGUUGAUGCUCUACUGACAAACUUCUUAUCAGUUUUGUUGAACUGAGUCCCUGUAAGUAAAGAAACUGUGAUGCAAGAAUCAAAUGCUUAAAUUUCUCAAUGAAGUCCAUGUUUUGGUUGCUUGUAUUGCUGAUGUAAGCUGUAGUUUGUAAAUAGUGCCAACUCUGAGAACUGAUGUGCUUGGUAGUCAGUAUACACAAAUAAAUAGAUAUCUAUAAAGAGUUGCCAUCUGAUUUAUCUUGUUUUGUUUUUUUAUCAUGGCUUUUUUUUGUUUUUGGAUAAUAAAAACUGUGGCCCUCUGUAUAGUAAAUAUCAUGAUACUUCAAUUGUCUUUUAGCCACUUAGCAGUUUGUACCCUCUUUUGAUAGUUGUUGGUUGCUGUAAAUCACUAAAAUCUGCAUUUUAUUUGGUCUUAUGCAUGGUAUGUAAGAAGUGUGCUUCCUAAAUCAGUUUGAAAUACAUCCAAGUUGAGAUAUGUUUAUCCUCAGAGAACUUGCAACCACUUACUUUGCACCUGUCUAAGCAGUAUCAAAAUGCAUCCAAGUGCCUUUUACUUGAACCACAGGUUCUUUUCUUUGUAUAUACUUAAACAUACAGCUUACUGGAAUAUCACUGAUAAGUACUUCAUGCCUUGCAUUAAAAUCCAUCAAUAAAGGAGGCAUUUUGGUAGGAUCACAUAACUACUGGGAACGUAGAGUGACAUCCAAUGACUGCAUGUAUCAGUUUCAUGCAAAUUAAGUGAUGUAAGUAGAAUAUAAAUUUCUUGAGAAUUGAAAACAUCUUCUGAUAGGGUUGUGAGGAAAACUGGUAGACUCCAACACACAGGUGUGCACACCAAUGGUCUUUUAGUUUGAUUUUGGCAGUGAACUCUUAUCAGCAGACAUGGCUUAUUUUUUUCCUAGUUUUAUGAGUGUUGUGUGUCAUAAGGAUUAUUUUCAUAAUGAAAUUCAGAAAUCCUCUUUGGGCGAACUUCAGAUAGAACUUCUGGAACCGUAAGUCUGUCUUAAGAAAUGUGGGUAGCAGCAGAACUCUUUUUGUUGUUGUUGUCUCCAUUUGUGCUGUGAUUUGUGAGCAGUCUCCUGAAGGUUUUAAACAUUUUAAAUAUCAAGUUAGGUGACUUUGGUUUUUAAAAAACAAAAAACAAAACAAAACAAAAAAAAACCACAUUCUUUACAUCUUUUUACUGUCUC